GUUGACAAUAAAAAUGUUGGAAAUGGUGCUGCCCCAACAAAAGUUACUCUGAACGAAAAUGAAUUGCUCCAUAUUUUGUGUGACGCUGAGUGUGAUGAGCUACAAAUCACUAGCACAGAAAAUAUAGCUGUUGUAUCUGGCUGGGACAACCAAGGUCACGCUUCAAGAGCGUCUGUAGUAGGAGACUCAUCGGCGCAGGUCAUUCCAAACAAGUAUUAUAGUGACGAAUAUGUUCCAUUUGCAUUUGGAUAUAUAAUCUUGAGUGAUGACCCCACUGAUCCAUCGAUCACUUAUACCGACCUCACCACAACUACUACAGUAAAUCAAGCUACGUUUUAUAAAGGUUCUGUUGGUACUGAAAUGUCAUUCGACAAACCGGUUUCUGUGUACUUGCAUGUUCCAGCCGCUACACCAGCACUUCUACAAUAUCCAUCUGUUGAACAAUGGGCAACAUCGUAUUUUUUACCAUUAGAAGAUGACGUAUCAUAUUUGGCUUACAUAGUUGCUCGCAAGGAUGAAUCUGAUAGUAUAACCAUGAAUGGUCAGCCAUGGCAGUCAUAUGGCAUAAAUAGUCCUGCAGCUGAUAUUGCAAAGCUUUCAACUGCAGGACCUGGGCCGGUGAAUUACGAAGUAAAAGGGUUUGCUAUUGACAAAAAUGCGUUAGGCGGCAAGUUACACGUCCACUUUGAAUCUGGAGACGGGUCAAAACCUUUCAUGUUAGUCAUAGUAAAUGUAGGCACUGGCAGUGCUUUUUUACCUUUCGGAGUCCGGUAUCCGACCACUAAUCGGUGUGUAGCAUCAACUUCGGUUCCUGGAGAUAACCUAGAUAACGACUGUGACGGUAAAGUCGACGAAGAGAUGCUGAAUAAUGUCGAUGAUGAUAACGAUGGCGAUACUGAUGAAGAUGUGGCUUUAAAUCCUAUCACAGCUGGAUCCCAAGGUAUCUAUGUGAAAACUCUUUUAAUAGCCGACAAUGCUGCUUUCACUGGCUCCACUACAGUUCAUUCUUCUGGUUGUAACAUUAUCACUCCAGACACAAAACUUAUGGGUGCGAUUUCGCCGUUUAAAAGAAACACUAAUCUUGCGGCAGAGUUCAGUGACUACUGG